AUGGGGGACCCGCAGGAAGCUGGGGGAGGUGAGCAGAUCCAAGGCCGGGAAGCCUCGGGCUACAAACACCUGUGUGGGAAGAGCAUCGCCAGCUGCACAGCAGACGGGUCCACCGUCCUCCCCGCCACGUCGGAGACACAGAACCAGCAGGAAGUUUCUAUUCAUUUGAACUCCUCCCUGAGUGCUUCUUGGCCACCAGAGUCUCUCCUUCCCUCCGAUGGCUUUUCACCCCAGCCGCUUGCUGCUUCCCCCUCCUCGCCCUGUCUCCAGGCUCCAGAGGCCAGCCCUCCCCCCCUGACGGCCUCCCCCGCCCCCCCACGGCCAGACUCUGCCUUAGCCCUCCCUCCCUGCACGUCGCUGGCACGCCCACUGGACGCCAUCCCAUGGAGUUUGUCUCCACGCACCCCCUGGUCCGCCUCUCCCGUCCCAGCCAUCUUGGGCCUGGGCCCCCCAAGCUGUCCCAUUCCGGCCCUGUCCGGUUGGCGGGAGGCCGCUGACGCCUGGAGCCUGUCCACCUCGACGCCGCUGGAGUCCUGGCAGAGGCCUCUGGGCCACCGCCACCCUGAGGCCCCGUUCUGCGGAGACCCCACAAAGAGAGCGGGGGAGGCUGGCGUCCUCUCCUCCAUCGAUCCUGACGUCCAGAAGCUCCUGGAGAUUCUCAUCACCAAGAGAGCAGCACUGAGGAUCUGGAAGGAGAAGGAAAAGGAAGGGUCCGACUCCCACUUGCACUCUUUGGGGAGCGUGUUCACAUCGGGGGGUGGCGAGCAGGACCCCCUGGGCUGCCGGCCGCCCUUCUGGGGCGUGAAGGGCCAGCCCCAACAGCUGCUCGGGCCUGAGAAGCCUCCAUAUCCCGACGUUUCGGGGGACAGUUUACAGCCGAAACGCAGCCAGCUCUUCUGGGGUCUCCCCACUCUGCACAGUGAGUCCCUGGUGGCCACCGUCAGCCUGACUGGCUCCCCACUGGAGCUCCCGUCUGUCGUUUUCAAUGAGUCUUCUCCAGCCUUACCCUUCCAGAUCCAUCUGUCACUGGCCCAACCCUUCCCUCACCCUUUGGCAGAGCCCCCAGCCUUGACCUUAAGCUUGUCCCAGUCCCAGCCCCUGCCUCCAGCUCAGGUUGAGCCCCAGGCCCACCUUGCACCCUCUGUCCCAAGGGGAUGGCCUUCUCUCCUACCCCAGAUGGCUGGGGAGGCACCUGACCCUCCUGUCCAGAAUGGCGCACCAUCUUUCAUCCCAAAUGCAAUUCAAAAUCUGGAGUGUCACUUUUGGAAGAAGCAACUAGAAAGGUACAGGACUUUACCCUCUGUGGUGAAACCAUCUCAGGAAGUCUUCAGCCAGGUCCUUCCCGGCUUCCCCCAGGACAGCCAGGCACCCCAGGCUCCCAGGUCAGUGUCCGUCCUUCCCAUGCCCUCAGGGGACCUGAUCCGCCCUGAGCUCCAGGAACAUCUGGAACAACAGCUUUGGAAGAGGUCCAUGAAGCAACAAGAUGGAGGGCCCCACAAGAUCCAACACUCCGUGGAGCUGACCCAGCUCCACGGCGAGCUCCGGAAGGUGCCACGGGCACAGAGCGCCCAGAAGACCAGGCCCAGACACCCAGCAAGGACCAGGCCGGGAAAGACCCUGGGCAAGGCUACAAGGCCUAGUGUGGGUAGGGGCCGGAAAGAUCUACGAAAGAGCUUACCCAGCUCUUUAUUGAAGGUUUCAGGAAUAAACUCUGAGGGGUCAGACUCGAUGAAGCCCCCAACAAGCAGCCCAGACCAGAGUCAUCCAGAAAAGCUCCUGAGAACCCAUUUGGGCAGGAAAUCAGGACAAAUCAGACAGGGUCAGAUCGCUGUGGGCGUUCAUCAGUCCAGGCUUGCUGUCACCCAUGCCCCUGACCUUCCUGGAAAGCCAAGUGCUCACAGGGAAACUGGAAAUCUAACAUUUUCCAAGCCUCCAAAGCCCUGUGUGAACAUCUUCCACGACUUCUCCAUCCUCAGUCCAUACACUCAGCGGAUGCUGGAGGCACAUAUUACAAGGUUUCGGGUGAGGCACAGAUGGGGCCUGCCCCUCAAGGUCCUCAAGCCUCUCGGGCUCUUUAAGUUGAAAAAGAUCUCGAUCUUUACACCGCCCUCCACUCCCAGCUUGGCCACCUGUCCAUCCAAGGCCCAGGCAAAAGCCAAGUGCUUGGAAAACCCGUCUCAGCCCCAUCAAGCAGAGACGGUAAUAACAGAAGCGUCUGGACCCACCUUUGGGGGUCCCCUUCUUGCCCCCCAGCCUGCGUGUGAGGAAAUCCAGCAGAGCCCGGGCAAGUCCUCACCUGGUGACGGCCAUGGGCCCUCAGGGGCCCCUCCGGCUGGACAGGGGGCUGGGCCAUGUUCUCAGACCCCCCCAUACAGCUUCGUGGGCAGAACCUGGCACGGUGAGACCGGCGGGGGUGCCCCCGAGAAUCACAGCUCGGAGGCAAGUCCAAGUCCGGCAAUGGCUGCAGAUGAGCCAAUGAGGGAGAGCGGGGGGUGGACCUCACGGGACUCCUGCUCUAGUGCAACAGUCCUAGAACUCAACUUAGAAUCCCAGUCUCCCAGGGCCGAAGAGGCCAGAGAGGUGGGGGAGGCAGAGGAGGCCCCUGCAUGGGAAGACACCUUGGAACCCAGUGUGCUGGCCAGCAAUCAACCCAUCCAUGUGGACGUGAGAAGAUCAGGGUCAUCCGGGAGCAGCCAAGGCCCCUCACCACCUACAGUGUUGGUGAGUCGAGGCCAGGAAGAGCCUGAUGCACAGCCUGAAGAGGCUGGGCUCCGGGGGCUGGUUGGGCUCAAGAGGGCGGAAGGCCGUGCAGGCAGUGUGCUGCUGCAAGACUGUGAAACGGGAGUGCUCGUGCAGGACUGCGCCUCCAGCAAGCUCCUGCAGGACUGUCCCUCUGAUGUGUUCCUCGCUGCAGACGUCUCGGCUUCGCACAGAUCUCUGUCUGGCUUCCAGAGUGACUCCAGUACAGACACGUGGACUUCCCAGACGAUAGACCACUUCGCAGCGAGUGCGCAGAGCAGCAAGGGGCGGCCGGAGCUCCAGAGACGACAGGGCCUCGGUAAGACCCAGGGCGAGGCGUCUGUCCAACCCAAAGGGAGAGAGGACCCCUGGAGGUUCAGCCCAGGAGGGCUUGACAAGUGGCUGGCAGAGCUCAAGGCCUUCCAUGCCAACGUGAUGACCUGCCCUCUCCAGGACCAGGAGUCCGCAGAGACCUUGAGAAGCAAGCUCCGCCAGCUCUUGCUGAAGAAGGAGAACGCUCCCCCAGAAAGCCCCCUGAGAAGAAGGAUGAGGCACUUCCUGCAGUGGAUUUUUCCCGGUAAAGGCAAGAGACCGGAAGAUGCCCCACACCAGGGCGAGCCUGCCCCCGCCCCCGCCCAGAGUCCCGGGUCCAGCUCCGGCGGAUCAGUUGAGGACAGCCAGAGUGCCGAGACUCAGGCGCUCCUGAGAGCCUUGAGACACAUCCUAAAGGAGAAACUGGUGCCUCACCAGGGACUUAGAGCCUCGGAGUUCAAUCGGUGCAACAGGGAACGGCAGGGGCCGGCAGGUCCCAGCGUCUGCUUCCAGAGGGUUCUCUCCUACCAAGAGCAGAGGAGAGUGAUGAACGGGACAGCCUCCAUUCCGCGGGCCACCCUCAAGGGCCACAGCUGUCCUAACAAGACUCAGUGGAUCAGAGGCAGAGACAGCAGGUGGGCCUUCAUGCCCAGGAUGCUGGGGUCCCCAGGCAGACCCUGCCACCAUGAGUGGAUGGUGGUCGGAGCCUCAGGCCGCCCUCACCGCCCCUACUGCCCAAGGCACUGCCUCCUUCAAAACUAUGUCUCUCCUGAUCAUUCAGUGUGUGCUUCUCACUCCUUUCUUGGGAGGACCCCUUUUCUCCAAGAAAGAAUGCACACAGUACAGACAAAAACAUAUUUUUCUCAGGUUAGCACAUCCUCUGUGGGCUAAUGGCUUCUUUGUACCACAAUUUUUAUUGUUUUCCAAUAAAACAAUUUUUAUUGUUUUCCGGGA